AUGCACUCCUUCAACUGCGAAGCACUUCUUACUCAUAGAGCUCGAGCUCGACUCAACUCCCCGCGUAAGGGCAGCGUGCCUACCGCCGCGGCAACUGAUGCUUCGGCUCUUGUGGCUAUGAAGGUCUUCAAGACGGCGGAAUUGAUGGAGAAGAUUCUUCUGCAUACUUGCGACAUUUCUCCACCGUAUACUGAGGGUACCCUUACCAUCUUGCGUGUCAUGCAAGUCAAUCGGGCUAUGCGCGAUACGGUGAAUGGUUCGGUCAACAUCCAGAGAGCCAUCGGCUUACUCCCUGACUGGAAGUCAAAUUUCAGAUACACUCUGACAGAGCUUCCAGAUAGCGCAGUGGCCCUCUAUGACCAUGAGGGUCACUACUGCGUCCACAGAUACUCUAUGGCAGCCACAUGGUGUGACGAGGAGUGUGGCUACUGGCGCUCCGGCGCACGCGUCCCACACAAUCUGAAAUAUGCUGUGUUUUGGCUAGAGACGAUGCCACCAAACACCCAGAUACUGAGGCGCAUGGGCUCACGCACGCGCUCUAUCUCUCUAUUCCAACCACCGGUCGAGGAAUUGCGCGUGGGACGCUUCCGGGUUCUGCCUACAAAUGGACAGUACAUCACACUCGACGACAUCUACAGAACAGACGUCCAGCUGCGAGUGCAACAUAACGCACUUCACGGUCAUGAUCUUCCAACGCGGCUUAAGUUCGAUGGGAAGAUUCGACUUAGGAAGGAAGAUCCGCUUAUCGCGUGGCAUUCAACGCAAGAGUUCGCGGAUGAGCUUGAAUAUGAGAAGUGGGAAUGGAGAGACGAUGAUAGCGAAGAGGAAGAGCAGAUUGAGCAUGAUUCGAAGUUCGUUUGA